UAGGCUCUUCGAUGGUGGCUGGAGGAGAUGUACCUCCGGAAUCCCGUUCCGCUCCCGGUGAACUCCAAUCCCGGCAUGGUCUUCCCCCGACGACCCGGAGACGGCCCCCGAGACGGCCCCCGAGACACGGUGGACCACGCGGCCAGGUUCAUCAGGAGGCUUCUCGACUACAAGGAAAUUUUGGACAGGAGGGAGUUGCCGCUGGAGAGAGCGACGUGUCGCGAGAAGGGUCAGCCCCUCUGCAUGGACCAGUAUUACCGCGUGUUCACGACGUAUCGAAUCCCCGGGAGGGACCUCGACGUCCAGCGGUCCACAUUCACCGACGAACCGCCGGAGAGCGAACACAUCAUCGUCGCUUCGAGGAACCAGUUUUUCAGCCUGAACGUGAAGAUCGGCGGGGAGAAGGCGGGGAUCGAAGGGAUUUCGGAGGCGUUGAUGAGGAUCAUCCGGGAGUCGCAGGAAGACCCGGAUCCGGAUCCGCCCGUCGGAAUUUUAACCACUCGGAGUCGACCCGAGUGGGCCGCCGAUCGAGAGAAACUCAUCCCAGAAAACGAGGAGGCGUUGGAGCUGAUCGAGACGUGUCUGUUCGUGGUCUGCUUCGAUGCGAUCCCGCCGGGGAUCCGAGACGACGUGAACGCGGCCGAGCAGAUGCUUCACGGUUCCGGUUCCACGGUCAACAGCGGGAAUCGCUGGUUCGACAAAACCGCCCAGUUCGUGUUCACCUCCGACGGAGUCUGGGGAUUGUGCUACGAGCACUCGGCAGCAGAAGGAAUCGCAGUCGUGAACGUCCUGGAAGACACGAUCGCGGCGCUGGAAGACGGAUAUCGUCCUUCCGACGGGUGGAAUUCCGACUCCCCUCGAUUCCUUCCGCCGCAGAGGAUCCGAUGGAGACUCCACGACGAUCUGAAAAAGGCCAUCGAAAUCGCAUCUCUCGAAAUGGACCGGUCAGUCCAACGACGAGUUCCGUUGGUUUCCAACACGGACGUCAAGAUCUUUCGCUACGAGGGGUACGGGAAAGAGUUUGCAAAGCAGCAGAAGACGAGUCCAGACGCCUUCAUCCAAUUGGCCCUUCAACUCGCCUACUAUCGUUUAGUUUAUGAGGUAAAUAUAUCUUGCUCCCGCGUGCAGAUGUGUCAAUGUUGCGUGUUGGACAGGCUGCACGGACACUUGGUGUUCACGUACGAGAGCGCCUCGACGCGGCGUUUCCGUUACGGGAGAGUCGAUAACAUCCGUGCGUCGACGUGGGAAGCUCUGGAAUUCGCCAAAUCCAUGCAACCCGAUUCUACCUUCUCGGUGAGAAUCUCCCUUUUUUUCCCCCUCGACGAAAUCAUCGACCCGAGAGACCGGCAUUCUUUCUCGCAUCGGGGAAAGACCUGCAUUCCCUCACAGAUCCCGACGAAGAUGGAGAGCUUCAUGUUAUACGGGCCGGUGGUGGAAGACGGCUACGGAACGUCUUAUAACCCUCGCCCGAACGACAUCGUCUUCUGCAUCUCCUCCUUCAAAUCCUGCUCGAAAACGUCGAGCGAGCGAUUCCAAUGCGCUUUGAAGGACGCUCUCGACGACAUCCGCCUCCUCCUUGGAUCCGACUGA